AUGUCCAUCUACUGGCCUCACGACUUCGUUCCAGGUGCGCCAGCAGUUACUUUUGAGAAGUUGGAGAUGGCAGAUUUUGUAGUGGGGUAUCUCACCAUGAUCAAACCGUACAAACCCCGUUUAAAAGACGCUAUGCUUCAACUCCUCGAGCGAUAUUCUGAAGAAGGAAAUCUACGAGGAAGAGUACGAGAAAAACAGCAACGGCCAGAACGAUUUAACAACAACUGCAAAUACGAACGUCUAAACGAUCUCACUUGGCAGUGGUUUCAGCGUGCACGAUCAAAGAACAUUCCAAUCUCUGGUCCGAUUAUUCAAGAGAAAGCUUGUCAGUUUGCAAAGGAGUUAGACAUUGCUAACUUCAAGGGAUCAAACAGCUGGCUCGAUCGGUGGAAACCUUGCUAUUAUAUCAAAGCAUUUCAGAUCUGCGGGGAAAGUGCUGAAGUUGACACUGAAACAGUAGAUGAAUACAAGCAGAGAAUUCCAGGUAUUGUAGAAGAAUAUUUACCAGAAAACAUAUUUAAUUGCGACGAAACCGGCUUGUACUUCAGAGCUCUGCCAAACAAAUCUUUGUCCGCUAAAGGAGAAAACACUAAAGGAACAAAGGCAUCAAAAGAAAAAGUAACAAUGUUUGCUUGUAGUGCAACCGGUGAGAAGCUAAAGCCAUUGGUGAUCGGUAAAUCACGAAAGCCGCGAUGUUUUAAGAACAUAAAUACUGAACAAUUGCCCGUUACAUAUGUCAACAGCAAAAAGGCAUGGAUGACAAAUGACAUCUUUAUAUCAUGGAUUAAAGAUGUCAACAAGGAAAUGAAGAAGAAACGACGUCACAUCUUAAUGUUCUUGGAUAAUGCCUCUUCCCAUGGGUCAGAUGAUUAUGAGCUUUCAAAUGUAACAUUGAAAUUUUUGCCACCGAACACAACUUCACACUUGCAGCUGCUAGAUCAAGGCAUUAUCCGUGCUUUUAAAGCACGAUACAAGAAACAUUUAUCGAGAUCACUUCUGAGCAAGAUAGAUGAUGCAGAGGGUGCGACUGCCCUUUGCAAGGAAAUAACUUUGCUUGACUGUGUAAACUGGAUAUCGAAAUCUUGGACUGAAACCAACCCCACUGCAAUCACAAAGUGCUUUGCUGCAUCGGGUUUCUCAACUGUCAACGAAGACGAAAAUAGCUCAACUGAAGAAGAAGACAACGAUAUUCCUCUUUGA